AUGGGACGGGUAGACGAUAUCAUCGACGAGGGUGAAACCUGCAGCGGCCAGCAGCUAGAAACAGGGCUUCUGCAGCCGCCGGCGAGCCAGAACGACAUCGUCGGCGAAGGGUUUACUCCAGCGGUUGUUCUUAGCACCUUGGUCGCCGUGUGCGGUUCCUUGGCUACUGGUUGCGCUUAUGGAUACUCAUCACCAGCAGAGUCAGGGAUCAUAGUAGACUUGGGAAUGUCUGUCGCUCAAUACUCAACCUUUGGCUCAAUCUUGACAAUUGGUAGAAUGUUGAGUUCUCUAGUCAACGGCAAGACAGCAGACAUAAUUGGCAGGAGAUAUACAAUGUGGGUGUCUGAGGUGUUCUUCCUAGUCUCUUGGUCUGUAAUAGCAUUUGCCAACCUCCCAUGGCUACUUGAUCUUGGAAGGUUCAUAAUGGGAUUUGCAGUUGGGAUCAAUGUUUAUGUUAUACCAGUCUACAUUGCAGAAAUCACCCCCAAGAACUCUCGUGGCACCUUAACUUCUACUCAUCAGUUCAUGCUUACCUUUGGCUUUUCUCUUGUCUAUUUGACGGGAACGCUCAUAUCUUGGCGAGCAUUAGCUCUAGUUGGUGUUGUACCAUGUCUGUUGCAUGUCUUGGGUAUAUUCUUCAUCCCAGAGUCUCCAAGAUGGCUGGCACAGCUAGGGAAAGAUAAAGAGCUAGAAGCAACUCUAAGAUACCUAAGGGGAAAAAGUGUUGAUGUUUCACAAGAAGGUCUUGAUAUUAAAGAGCACACUGAGCUAUUUGAGAGCCUUUCAGAGAACAAAAUCCAGGACUUAUUCCAGCGAAAAUAUGCAGAUGCACUCAUUGUGGUUGUCGGCCUAAUGGUGUUUCAGGAGUUUGGAGGGACCAAUGCAUUCUCAUACUAUAGCGCCUCCAUAUUUGAACUUGCUGGUGUUUCAAGUACUUUCGGUCUGGUAUCCGUUGCCAUUAUUCAGAUUCCAGCCACCAUCACAUAUGUUCUUCUUACUGAUAAACUAGGAAGACGACCUCUUCUUUUGAUAUCUGCAUUUGGGUUAUUCUUGAGUACAUUCUUGAUUGGAUUUGCAUUCUUGUCGCAGGAGCUUAACAAGUCUGAGAGUUGGACUGCUCUCUUGGCAUACAUUGGCUUGCUAGGACUCCCCAUAACUUUCUCGACUGGAAUGGCAGGAUUGCCAUCAGUUGUAAUGGCUGAGGUGUUUCCUAUAAACAUAAAGGGUACAUUCUUCAUAUUUUCCACAAUUUGGAUUUUUGGAACUUUGUUCAUUGCAAAGUUUGUACCAGAGACCAAAGGUCGGUCACUAGAAGAAUUGCAGACAUUAAUAAAUCACAUCAAGUAG